CGGACCGUUGUAUGAAGUUCAGCUUCCAGACUACUUUUAUGGACCGUAGCCAUGGACGUCUAAUGGCUAAACCUUCAAUGAAUGGUUUUGUCUUUUGGGUCACUGGGAGCGCUGAAGAAUGGAGGAUCCAUUCCAGACAUUCUCUCAAGGGUCUGUCAUGCUACCUCAAAGAAGAAUGAGCAAUUUUCACCAGAUGGAGAUAAGCACAUGUUGCUACUGAACUGGUCCAAUGGUUCAUUUGUCUGGACAGAGAACUAAUAGGACACUGAAGAAGAGGAAGUGGCCGUAACUUGACCCAUGAGAAAGUAUGUGCAUGAAGAGCCAGGCUGAAGUUAAAAGAGCGGGUGAAAUGGGACUCAACAGUAAAGUUUUAAACAAAAUUUUCUUUGUGUUCUACACCUGGGAAAUAUGAGACUUUAGUUGACAGACAAAACACAAACAGUUCUUCUUCAUUUUAAUCAAAGACAUACCCUAGUGACUUCAACAAGUGGUUCUGGCAUGGGCGGCCUUUGGCUGAUCUUUAUGUCUUGUUUUUGAUGGUACGCAGAGAUGCCCCAACUUUAUUGAACUACGUCAUCCUACCCAACUUGUUGUUGAGGAUGUCAGCUGUGAUGCUGCGCAGGGGUCUUCUGGCCUGGCUCUCACGUGUGGGUGUUGUGUUAGUGGUGGUGUGCUGUUGUCUUUCCCUGCUUUAUGCCAUCACCUGCAGCCCCCAUGCUGAUGAGCUCAUGGCUGGGCAGCCCUUGCCCAGGGCUGGAGGGAUGGCUAUGCCAGGAGGACCAAGCAGGCAAGGUGGGGUUGGAGGUGCCCCCGUAGGCCCUGCUGGACGGGAAAGGUUCCAAGCCCUUCUCCAAGAGCGUGAAGAGCAGCACCGGCAGCAUAUUACCAGCUUGAAAAAACAAAUUGCUCAACUUAAAGAGGCUCUCCAGGAACGGAGCAAACAACUUAAAGGCCUGCAGGACUCUGUGGAGAAGACACCUGGGAAGGGGACGGUGGGUGACAUGGCUGACGACCACAGUCGCAGCGACCUGCAGGAGUUCCUACGCAGCCAGCUGAGCCGGGCGGAGGUGCAUUCUGGCGUUCGACUGCCAAGCGAGUACGCUGUAGUGCCCUUUGAGAGUUUCACCUUACAACGUGUCUACCAGCUGGAAAUGGGGUUGACCCGUCACCCUGAGGAGAAGCCGGUGAGGAAGGACCGCAGGGAUGAGCUGGGGGAGGUGGUGGAGAGUGCACUGCACGCCCUCAAUGCACCCAAUCAAGGUGGAGACCAAACAAAAGCUAGCAAAGUCUACACACCAUCAGACUUUAUAGAAGGCCUAGCGCGCACUGAGAAGGACAAGGGCACGCUGUACGAGCUGACCUUCCGUGGAGAGCAGAAGCAGGAGUUUCGCCGGCUGCUCCUCUUCCGCCCCUUCGGCCCCCUCAUGAAAGUGAAGAGUGAGCUGGUGGAGUCGGCCAACAUGGCCAUUAACAUCGUGCUGCCUCUGUCCCAGAGAGCCGACAAAUUCAGACAGUUCAUGCACAACUUCAGAGAGGUGUGUGUGAAGCAGGACGGCCGGGUGCACCUUACCGUGGUUUACUUUGGAAAGGACCAGAUGAAUGAGGUCAAAGGAACCUUGGAGAACACAUCGAGGGAGCUGAAUUUCCGUAACUUUACUCUGAUUCAGCUGAAUGAGGAGUUUUCUCGGGGUCGAGGGCUGGAUGUGGGCGCUCGUGCCUGGAAGGGAGGCAAUGUGCUGCUCUUCUUCUGUGACGUGGACAUCUUCUUCACAGCUGACUUCCUGAACACUUGCCGUCUGAAUGCCCAGCCAGGAAAGAAAGUGUUUUACCCCAUUCUCUUCAGCCAGUACAACCCAGCUGUAAUCUACGGCAGUCAUGAUCACAUGCCCCCUGUGGAACAGCAGCUGACCAUUAAGAAAGACACAGGCUUUUGGAGGGACUUUGGCUUCGGAAUGACCUGCCAGUACAGAUCAGAUUUCAUCAGUAUAGGUGGUUUCGAUGUGGACAUUAAAGGCUGGGGCGGUGAGGACGUCCACCUGUACAGGAAGUACCUCCACAGUAACCUGCUGGUGGUGCGCGCCCCGUCACGAGGUCUCUUCCACCUGUGGCAUGAGAAGCACUGCGCUGACGAACUGCCUCCGGACCAGUACAAGAUGUGCAUGCAGUCCAAAGCCAUGAACGAGGCCUCGCACGGCCAGCUGGGCAUGCUGCUCUUCAGACACGAGAUCGAGGCACACCUCCGCAAACAGAAGCAGCGGAGCGGAGCUAAAAAAUCCUGAUGGACGUUAUCGCAUGUAUACAUGCUCUUAAAGAGACAGGAACGUUCUGUCCUUAUUUACUGAGCCUCGUGGAAGCAGAGCUCUGGUUCUUCUUUUUGCUGUUUUUACAGUGAAUACUGACUGAAGCUUAUAAAAUCAUUUUAAAAGGGAGCAACCUAUGUUUAUGAUAAAAAUUGUAAAGAAUUGAAUAUUUUUAUUGAAUCACAUCGCAGAACCAGUUUGAACGAUUUACUCAUUAUUCAGACUGAUCUGUAAUUUUUUUCUCUCCUGUUUCUUGUUGUAUUGCUUUAGAAGUCUUGAAAUGUAGUAUAAAAAUAAUUACACUGCCA